AGUAGUAGUAGUUCAUUCCUGAAACCAAACGGAGGAGCACUAAAAGUGGAGCGACAAGAACAAAGAUGAUAUGAUAUAGCGGAAGAAGAAUGCAAAACCCUCAAUAAAACCCAACCCUGAUGCACAAAUAAACACCAAUGUCUCAAGGAAUCCUUUCAGGUAAUCUUCCAGGCUAUGGACCAGCUGCCGCAUCGUCUUACUCGUCACAUGGUGAUUUGAAGGCCUUUCUUCCAGUUAAGAUUAAUUCGAGUAAAAGCUUGCUUCUUUACUCCAAUAGGGCAUCGUCUCUUGUUUGUUCAGCAAACUCCAGCAAUCAUAGAAGAAAUCCAGAUUUCUCUAGGCAAAGACAAAAUCAUGGGUUCUCUAGAAAUAGAAACAGGCAAAAUUUAGACAGAGAUAACUCUGAGAACAUUGAAGAAUCUGAACUUUUAUCAUCAAAAAAUGGGCCAUUACUUUCUCUUUCCAAUGGCCCGAGGUUUCAGGCAACUGCAACACCUGGUCCAAGAGAGAAAGAGAUUGUUGAUCUUUUCAGGAAAGUCCAAGCACAACUCCGUGAAAGAGCGGCCAUCAAAGAAGAAAAGAAGAUGGAAUCCUCACAGGGACAAGGUAAGGAAAGUGAAACAGUGGAUUCACUUCUUAAACUGUUGCGUAAACACUCAGUCGAUCAAGGGAAAAGAAAAAGCAACAGUGGCAGCAGCCGGGACUUUGUUUUGGAACAACCUGAACAGAAUACAAGCUCAUUUGGGGAUGAACAAAAUACAAACUUCUUAAACUCAAAUUCUAAUGCUAGAGAGGAGGAUGAGGAAGCGCAAGAACCCAAACAUUCAAAUCCGUUUAGGAGGCCAGUAUCGAACUUCAGGCGGAAAUCUCCAGUUCCAAGAGUGAAAUACGAGCCACUGUAUUCUCCUGAGGAUAACAUCAACUCUCUUUCAUUACCAAAGCUUCAAGGAAUGAGAAAGAAGAAUGAACCUGAACCAGAACUGGAAGCAGAAUCUGAGCCCGAGCUGGUACCUGAGUUUGAACCAGUGUCUGAAAUUGAGCUCGAGUCUGAGCUUGAGGAGUCAUUUGAUGUAUCUUCUGAUGUGCAUGAUGAAGAAUUUGCUGAAAUAUCAGAGACAGAAUCAUCUGAUAUUGAUGAAGCUUAUAUUGAUGAUGAGGUUGUUGAGACAAAGUCGUCGACUGAACAUACUGAUUUAAGUGCACUAAAACUAGCAGAACUGAAGGUCCUUGCGAAAUCUCGUGGUCUUAAAGGUUACUCAAAGUUAAAGAAAGUUGAGCUCAUCGAGCUACUAUGUGGAAACUAGUGAUGUAGAUGCAGCCGGCAGUGCAGACCCCCAGAAAACAAGUAUGGGCUGCUCUUCAUUUUAUCUAAACUAUUUCCUUUCUCUCGUUUCGAAUGUGUGGAAAGUAGGUCCUAGUUUUUGCCUUCGGUGCUUAAUUAUCUGUUCAUUUUUACUCUCUCAGGGUUGUUUUGGAGUAAUCAAAGCUAAUGUGUUUUUGAUUCAGGGCUCAAAUGAGAUUAGCAAACAAACAAACAAAAAAAUAGUAGUAUUUGAAUUCUAGGAUUCUGAAUGUUGUUCUGUGUUAUGAGUAUUCAUAUCUUGUUGAAAGUUAUAGAAGUUUUGAUAUUACACUUCGUAACUGCAAUGUUUGCUCACUAGAAA